AUGAAUCGACGUAAUCUUAUUAAGGAAAUGUAUAUAAUUAAAAGUGGAAAAGUGAAUAAAAUAAGCGAAGAUGGACAAAUCGUGCUAAAAAUGCUCAAUGAAGGAUCAGUUCUUGGUCAAUUAGCAAUAAUGAACUUAACGAACAAUAAGCAUUCAACGUCGAUACGUUCAUGCGGAUAUGUUGAUGUUAGCGUUCUAAAACAAGACGAUGUUUCUGAACUUCUUUGCGAUUAUCCAGAAGAGAGACAAAAACUCCUAAAAAAAGCGUCUGAAAUAUUAAAAAAUGAGGGACACCAAGGCACAGUCGAAGAAGUGACCGGUAAAUGGCAGUGGAAAACAACAGAGGAAUUGCUCAUUUCAAUAAGUAAAGAUAUCAAGUCAAUUGACGAGCAAAUUACUCAGUUGUACGAUGACUUUUCGUGA